AUGCCUUCAAGUUCAAGAGAAGCUGUCUCAGACGCCAAGUCCCGAGCUUGGAAUGUUCACGACGACACACAAAAUGUAGGCAUGUCUCAAUCAGCCAAGAGCAAAGGAAAACAGCGCGACCCUCCGCCGUCCCUAUUCCUUCACCCAUCUCCCGCCGCCUCUCAUGCCUCACUACCGGGUAUACUUGCGCCUGGAGCGCCAGCGACCUCAUCCGCUGGCGUCACACCUCUCCCUCAACAGGCCAUGAACCUGCAACGCAAUGGAUCUCUUCAUACCGGCUCGGUAGUCGCGCCAUCCGUCGCGCGCCCUGUCCGGAAUCUCAAGACCGCCGAUAGUACUCGCAGCAGUGACAGGACCGACGCAUUAUGGGCCGAGAUGCAGGCGACGCUCGAGGAGGUCGAGCUUUCAGCGUCAGGUGGAACUCACGUGUUUGGUCCCGAUCACGAUCGCAAGCUGGAGGAGUUGAGGACAGCACAGAUCGACCUGGCACAGGCGUGGGCACGAAGUGAGGCUGAUGAGGCCAUCGAGAUGACGGGCCAGCGCUCCAACACGUCGGCAGCCGGGGAGGAGGUCCGCAACCUCAAGAGCGCAGUGCUCGGGGAGACGGGCGUGGCGCCAGAUGGCAACGAGGGACCGCGGAGCACGGGAAGCAACAACGGGCGACCAGGUAGCAGCGGGGGCACGGAGCGACUCGGUGCGAAGCUCGAGCAGGAGACGGAGGUGGACAUUUUGCUCGCACGAAAGAGGCGCGAGGCCAACGAUCGGUACUUCCAACGGGUCAACAAAGGUGUCCUUGACGUCGUUGCCAAACUUGAACACGUUGCUGUUGCGAUGCGGGCUGUCGAACAGGAGACUAAGGAUAUCUGGGGCGAGAAUGACAGCGCGGCGGGAAGUGCGAAGGGGUAG